CCUCCUUCGCUAAACCCUCGCACAUAACUCGCCCUUUCGCUCGCGAUAGUCAGCAAGUCAGGUUAGCGAUCGGCCGCCGCUAAGGAAAGCUCCGUGGUCUAUCAAGCUGUGGUUGCUCCCUAGACCACUUGCGCAGCCUAACGAUUCCUUUAGGUUCUAAUGGCGUAUUUGAUUAAAUAUCUAAAAGAUCUAUCUCCAUUGUUAAAGAUCUGAGGGUACUUUAAGGGUUAACUCAUUCUGAAGCUAGGGAUCAAGCUGAUUACCACGUUUGAUUGGAGGAGCUUUAUAAUUUUUUCUUGUGUGGUGUGAUCUCAGAGACUGUACCAGUCAACCCGAAACCAUUCUUGAACAAUCUGACAGGGAAGCCUGUGAUUGUUAAGCUCAAGUGGGGAAUGGAAUACAAAGGCUUUCUUGUUUCAGUUGAUUCCUACAUGAACUUGCAGCUUGCAAACACUGAAGAAUUUAUUGAUGGCCAGUUUUCAGGAAAUCUCGGGGAAAUACUGAUAAGGUGCAACAAUGUGCUGUAUCUUCGAGGUGUGCCAGAAGACGAAGAAAUUGAAGACGCUGAGUAAGAUUGCGCUGUCUGUUUCUUCGCCAAAUUUAUACAUCUUAUGAAUUGGGCAUUUUGAAUAGAAUCAUUAUUAUUAUUGUGCUGCUAUGAUUGUCAACUAUGUACUCUCAACAGUGAGUGGUCUUUGGGCCCUUCGUUUUACUGCUUGAAUUCUUCUUUUUCUACCA